AUGCAUCCUGCUCUGGGAGGAUGCUUUGGAGAACAAUGUAAAGUUGCAUUUGGUUAUGAUCUGGUUGGUGAUAACUUCAAUCAAUCGCACCUCAUUCCAGAACCGGACGAUGAUCCACUCGAUAAUUGUUCUGCGGGCGCCCAUGGCACGCAUGUUGCUGGAAUUGUUGCUGCCAAUGCAACAGAAAUGACUCAAACAGGCUUUAUUCCUUUCCAAUCUUUUCUCGGUGUCGCUCCUCAAGCUACUCUUGGAGCAUGAGGAACACCUUCAAGUUUCACAUCAUUUGGUCUCACUGGCGACUUGCUGUUCAAACCCGAAAUUAGUGGCAUUGGUGGCUAUGUUUACUCGACUAUUUCAUCAUUUGCAGCCGAUAAACGAAACACUUCGGAUGCUUAUGCUACCCUAUCGGGUACAAGUAUGGCAACACCGUAUGUUGCAGGAACUUUGGCACUCUAUCUUGCACAUAUUGGUAAUCCUGGCCCAGAAACACCAACCACCAUUGAACUUGAUCCUGAAAAAUCAGGUACGAUUACUCUUCGAUUUCAACCACCUUCCAAUGCCGACCCGGCUCUUCUUCCCAUCUUCUCGGGCUUUAUCUAUGUUACAAAUAAUGUGAAUGAGCAAGUUGCACAUAUUCCAUGUGAGUAUCCGUAA